AUGCGUUUCUCUACUUUAAUUGCUACUGCCUCCUUGGUUGGUGCUGCUACUGCUGCUCCAGCUGUUCACAAUCACAAUGAAAAACGUGAUGUCGUUACUACUACUGUUCAUGCCGAAGCUACUGUCUUCGUUGACGGUAACGGUAACCCAAUUGAAACUAAAGCUGCCACUGCUGUUGUUGCUCAAGAAAAAGCUUUGAUCUCUGCCAUUGCUGCUGAUGCUCUAGCUGGUACUACUAACGCUGCUGCUACCGCUGCUGCCGCUGCCGUUACUACUACUGCUAAGGCUGCUACCGCUGCUAAGGUUGCUUCUACUAAGGCUACUUCAGCUGUUACUCAAGCUACUUCAGCUGCCUCUUCUUCUAACACUGGUUCCUCUGGUGUCAAGGGUGUUACUUACUCUCCUUACAACUCUGACGGUUCUUGUAAAUCAGCUAGUCAAGUCUCUUCCGAUUUGGCUCAAUUGACUGGUUACCCAACUAUCAGAUUAUACGGUGUUGAUUGUAAUCAAGUCGCUAACGUCUUACAAGCUAAGAGCUCUUCUCAAAAUGUCUUCUUAGGUAUCUUUGACGUUAGUCAAAUUCAAUCCGCUGUCGACACUAUGAAGGCUGCCAUUGACCAAUAUGGUUCUUGGGAUGAAGUUGUCUCUGUCUCCGUUGGUAACGAAUUAGUUAACGGUGGUGAAGCUACUCCAGCUCAAGUUGGUCAAUACAUUGACACUGGUAGAGCUGCCUUAAAGGCCGCUGGUUACACUGGUCCAGUUGUCUCUGUUGAUACUUUCAUCGCUGUCAUUAACAACCCAGAUCUAUGUCAAUACUCUGAUUACAUGGCUGUUAACGCUCAUGCUUUCUUUGACAAAAACACUGUCGCCUCUGACUCUGGUUCUUGGUUAUUACAACAAAUUCAAAGAGUUUGGACCGCUUGUGAUGGUGCUAAGGAUGUUGUUAUUACUGAAUCCGGAUGGCCAUCUCAAGGUCAAACUUACGGUGUUGCUGUUCCAUCCAAGGAUAACCAAAAAGCCGCUGUCUCUGCCAUCACUUCUUCUUGUGGUGACUCUACUUACUUAUUCACUGCUUUCAACGAUCUAUGGAAGGCUGAUGGUGAAUACGGUGUCGAAAAAUGGUUCGGUAUUCACUCCGAUGAAUAA